AAACAAUAUGGUUGACUCACCUUUCAAAAGCAGAGUCUCCGUCACGUAUGUCGGCACUGCGACAGCAAUCAUAGAAAUUGAUGGCGUCAUCUUCCUCACCGACCCUUAUUUCUCUCCCGAAGGAACUGAGUGGGACGUUGGAAUUGCUACACUCACCAACCAUUAUGAACCGGCCUUAUCCCUAGAUCAGCUUCCGCCCGUCGAUGCCAUCUUGUUAAGCCACGAAGACCAUCCCGAUAAUUUGGAUAUACUAAGCCGUGAUCGUCUACUCGACGGCCGGCGUGUCCUUACUACGGUCGAUGGUGCCUCCAAAAUGAGCCCUAGGCCUGGCAUCCAAGGACUUCGGCCCUGGGAGAACACCACUCUAAACGUGGGAAGCAAACUCUUCAACGUGACAGCUACACCAUGCCAACAUUUGCCAGGGGGUGAGUGUACAGGAUUUGUACUUACGACGGCAGAUUUUGGGACGACAAAUGGAUUACCGAACGCGAUCUAUUUCUCCGGCGAUACCGUCUAUCUUCAAGAACUAUCUCAUAUCAGAGACAACUUCCACAUAUCAUUAGCCUUGUUCAAUCUAGGUGCUGCGUCAGUGGUACUUCCAGGCAGCGCCGAGCCAUUGCUGAUCACGAUGGAUGGGACGCAAGGCGCAAAGCUAUUCCGCGACAUUGGGGCCGAUAUAUUAGUGCCUUUGCACUUUGAGUCGUGGAACCAUUUUUCACAAAGCAAAGAGGCCAUAGCCGCCGCAUUCGGGAACGCGGGAAUCUUAGAUAAGGUAUACUGGUUAGAACCGGGAAAAUCAAGGCAUAUCCUAUAGUUUGAAGGGAUUAUCACAUCAUAUAUCAGGUUGUCAGACGACAUUAAUGAAGAUGGACAUGGCCGAUCGAGAUUAGAACUCCAUUGCAACAUGGCCGAGGGUACGAGAAAGAGAGUCCAUCAUGGGGAUAGAAG